AUGCAAGCACAAANUGUGAUCAUCUUAAAUUGCAAGUACUGUGUGCAGGAUUCUUCUGGUAUUUUCUGGGACAAUGACAGUUUGGCUGGACUUUUAGCCUUAGAACUUAAAGCUGAUCUCCUUGUUUUAUUGAGUGAUGUUGAGGGCCUUUACAGUGGUCCUCCAAGUGACCCAAACUCAAAGUUGAUCCACACAUAUGUAAAGGAGAAACAUCAAGGGGAAAUUACUUUUGGAGACAAGUCAAGAUUGGGCAGAGGGGGUAUGACUGCUAAAGUUAAUGCUGCAGUUUGUGCUGCUCAUGCUGGUAUCCCUGUCAUUAUAACUAGUGGCUAUGCUACAAACAACAUCAUACGAGUACUUCAAGGGGAAAGAAUAGGUACUGUCUUUCAUAAAGAUGCUCAUUUAUGGAGCAAUAUAAAGGACGAGAGUGCACGUGAAAUGGCAGUUUCAGCACGUGAGAGUUCUAGAAGACUUCAGAUCCUCAAAUCUGAAGAAAGGAGUAAAAUAUUAUUGGCAAUUGCUGAUGCAUUGGAGAAAAAUGCAAGUGCAAUAAGUCUUGAGAAUGAAGCUGAUGUUGCUGAUGCGGUGGCCGCUGGAUAUGAAAAUUCGUUGAUAUCACGUUUAACCCUGAAGCAUGAGAAGAUCUCUAAGCUUGCAAAGUCUGUGCGAAUGUUGGCAUCUAUGGAAGAACCAAUUGGUCAAAUUUUAAAAAGAACAGAGAUAGCAGAUAAACUCAUACUGGAGAAAAUUUCAUGUCCUUUGGGAGUCCUUCUGGUUAUAUUCGAGUCUCGACCUGAUGCCCUUGUGCAGAUAGCUGCAUUGGCAAUUAGAAGUGGGAAUGGUUUACUGCUUAAAGGGGGAAAAGAAGCCCAACGAUCAAAUGCAAUCUUACACAAGGUCAUUACUUCGGUGAUUCCAAAUACUGUAGGUGACAAACUUAUUGGGCUUGUGAAUUCAAGAGAUGAAAUUCCAUACCUACUUAAGCUUGAUGAUGUGAUAGAUCUUGUGGUCCCUAGAGGCAGUAAUAAACUUGUUUCUCAAAUCAAGGAGUCAACAAAAAUUCCUGUUCUUGGACAUGCUGAUGGAAUUUGUCAUGUAUAUGUCGACAAAUCAGCUAAUAUUGAUAUGGCAAAACAGAUUAUUAGAGAUGCAAAGACUGAUUAUCCUGCAGCCUGCAAUGCAAUGGAAACUCUUCUUGUACACAAGGAUCUAUCAAAUAAUGGUGCACUUAAUGAGCUUGUCCUUGAACUCCAACGUGAAGGUGUUAAACUGUACGGUGGGCCAAGAGCUAGUGGCUUAAUAAACAUUGUUGGAACAAGCGAUUUGCAUCAUGAGUAUAGUUCACUUGCUUGCACAGUUGAAAUUGUAGAAGAUGUAUUGGAUGCCAUUAACCACAUACAUGAACAUGGAAGUGCUCAUACUGAAUGCAUUGUUACAGAAGAUUGUGAAGUUGCUGAGGCUUUCUUAAGUCAAGUUGACAGUGCUGCUGUUUUCCACAAUGCAAGUACACGAUUUUGUGAUGGAGCACGCUUUGGCCUUGGUGCAGAGGUUGGAAUUAGCACAAGUCGAAUUCAUGCACGAGGUCCUGUAGGAGUAGAGGGUUUGUUGACAAACAGAUGGAUAUUGAGAGGGAGUGGGCAUGUGGUUAAUGGAGAUCAAGGAAUCAAUUACACUUACAAGGAAUUGCCACUAGAAGCAUAACUUUGUAUUUAGAACUUAGUUCAGUUGCAAGCUAAUAUGCUCCUCAAGCAAGCAACAUCUCUGUUUUGUGGUGUUAUGAUAUGCAGAAGUGGCUGAGAUGUUGGCCAUGUAUUGGUAACUAUCACUUGAUCCUUUUUCCAGGGCAUUUUUCUUACCUGGAGCAAGUUCAUGAGAGGAAAUAAUAAUAUGAAUGUUUGUAUUAAAUUAUAUUGCUCUUUAGUGCUCUUUUAUACUAGUGAACUUGAAUAAUUAUGGAGAAGUUUUUAUUAUAGAAAUUCUAAUUUGUUUUAUGUA